UUCCUUUGCUUUCUUUGUUGGUAAAGGGAAAUUUUUGCUUGUAUAAUCUGACUUAAUAGAUGUUAAAAAUAAUCGUAUAUCACAGGUUUUCUUGAUCUUAACGAAGAGAAACACACAUCAGUCAACCUUUCCUCGCUUCAUUAUUAGACGUUAACCCACCAACACCACGACCAUCAUCCACUUACAUCACAUACCUCGCUAUCUUACACUAAACCACACACGGAAUACCUCGCCCUCUACAACCUCCUUAAAAGCCCCUCCCCCCCCCAAAAAAAAAAAAAAACUACCCCCAAUUUGCCUAUAGAUUAAGCAAAAAAGCACGUGACAACCCAGCGUGAAGGUCAGAGCAGACGACACGCAAAACCGGGGUCUAUUUUCGUCCUGCUUAACUGUCUUCUUGGAUAAGUCUUCAGGGGUGCUUUACAGCUCAGCGGAUGUGGAAGGGAGAGAGAGAAGAGAGGGAACAUGGCUUCAGAGGAUGCAGAGGAGCUCACUGUGACUUCAGAAGUACACCAUUUCUCCAAGGAAGACGUGAUUGAUGGGUCCGAGGGAGAUAUGAGCACAAUUUCACAAGUGUCACAACAGAUUGAUAAGUCGCAGGAGGUGGAGGACGAGGAUUUGUUUGAGUGUAUCCUGGGAGCCAAUGGCCAGGUGGUGCUCUGGAGUGCAAAGCGAGAAACUGUGUUAUCAAGAUUUGACUUUGUGUAUCCUCCUUAUAUGACAUCAUGUGAGGACAGCAAAAUAAUGAAGGCAGUGGUGGAUGCUGAUGGAGAUCUUCAAGUCACAAGAAAGAACACUCUCCAUAAGAAAGAAGGUGUUGUUCUCAUAGAACAAUAUCUCUUCUUAUCAAAGGAAAGGGAACACCAGAGUGCCACAACUUUAGACUUGGUCGGUGAACAAGUUUGGCGUGGAGCACUGUUCCUCGCAGACUUUAUCCUUCACCAUCCUGAGAUCUUCAAGAAUGCUAACAUCCUGGAACUGGCCUCUGGGGUUGGACUAACAUCCAUAGUCGCAGGCAUGCUUGCGAAGAAAGUUGUAAUUACAGACGUGGAUCGUGGUGAUAUUUUGACUCUUAUUGAUCGUAACGUGGAAAGAAAUAGAGAACUGAUGAAAGCGGAAAUUUUUGUGAAGGAAAUAGAUUUCUACGACCAUGCUACAAUUGAUGAAACCUAUGAGUCCCUUAAAGACAUCUCUGUCAUCAUGGCUGCAGAUACAAUUUAUCACAACCAGUUGACAGAUCAGUUCUUCAGAACAAUAUUGAGAUUGAUGAGUGAACCACCAAACAAAACAAUGUAUGUGGCCUUAGAGAAAAGAUUUGUGUUUACCAUAGAGGACAUGGACACAGUAGCCCCCUGCUAUGACUACUUCCUUGAUCGCAUAGACUGGCUGCGUUGUCAGAAUUUGUCAACAAUCGACUGGACUAUAGAAGAAGUCCCCAUCGAAUUCAAGCAGUACUUCAUCUAUGAAAAGACCCGGCAUUUAGUUCUGUGGAAAAUUGCUGCCGAACUAAAAUAAUAUCUGAGAAGUCUUUUUUUUUUUUUUUUUUUUUUUUUCAUUAUUAUUGUAUUAUUGUUAUUAUUAUUUCUUCUUUUUUUCAGUCAAAUGCUAUGAUUAAGUUUGAAAUAUACAGAUUCCCAAUGAUUUAUUGUACCUUGCAAUAAGGUUUUGCAAUCUGGGAAGAAUGAUGUAUCCUCCCACCACAAGGGUCAGAGAAUAGAUUUUCUUAAAACUCAUAAUACUUAGUUCCUGUUUUAUUGAAUAUUCAUCUGAACAUCCAUCUGAAGGGAUGACAUUGAAGUCAUUUAUAGAGAUACUAGUUUUGAAGCUUUAAUAUUAUCUAUGAUUGUGUAUUACAUUUCCAUUUUUUGUUGUGUUCUUUUCUGUAAAAGAAGAUGAAAAAUCAUGAAAACCAUGCACAAUUAUGUACUAUUAUUAAUUAUAAUGUGAUUUCGUUGCAGUUUUGCACAUAUUGUACAUUUAGGAUUUUGAAUUAUGUUAGAAUGUUUGUCUUAAAGUCUGCAAUAUAUAUAUAUAUGAUCAUAUAAGUUAUAUAUUACAGGUAUGACUACAGUACAAAAUACAUGUACUUUCUUAGGCCAAUGUGGAGGCAUAGUCUAAAUGGUACUCUGUGUUUCCAUCUUUGAAAAUGUAUUUGGAGUUUGGAGAACUGUUUAGUUAAUAGCUAUGUUCCAGAUAUUUUUAUUUUUGUUAUUUAGUCAUUGUCUUUGGUUGUUUGUAACAUGAGUGAACUUAACAAAAGAGGUGAGUUGAGAUGUGAUUUUCUUUUGGCUAACAGUUGGCAGUUUUUGUUGUGAUUAUUAUUUUCUUUUUUGCAGGUUAUUUAUUUGUAUGCUUAUCAGUAGUAACAUGUUGAGGUUGUAUUGUUAAAAAGAAACAUAUCAUAAGUGUUAACAUACUGAUUAGAUGACAAGUAAAACUGAUAUGCAAAUAAGACCAUGAUCUAGCUAUAGAAGUUUGGUAAUUCAUCUAUUUUCUAAAGUUUUUAUUGUCAGUGAAACAUUAUGUAUGGAUCUCCAGUUUGUUAUUCAGUUAUGAAGUGAAUGUAGUAAUGACUAAUUUUUUAUUUAGUUGUGAUAGGGUUAUGAUCUGGGUGUUUGAAUAUAUCUGUGAUGUUGGUCUUCAUAUUGUUAUCAUAUUUGCUCAAAAGUAUAAUAACAAUGAAACACAUUGAUAUUUUUCAGAUUGAAUCGUAAAUAAAAGGAAUAUUCAUAA